GAAGAAUAUUCAAGUCCACAUAUUUUACAUCAGUCGGCUGGAAGCAGUUUUACGUAGAGGACGCCUGCCUUAUGAGUCGCCAUCAUGAAUCUGUUCGCAUUCGUCAAACUUGGAUAUGCCAUGACCAUUGCAACCCUCCUGCUCAUGUUCUGGGCGUCAAUGGUUAGAAUGCAUGAGCUACCAGUCCAAUAUCCUCCCUGCUUCUUCAAUCCGCUCUGCACUUGUUCGAAAGCAAUUCCAGACCUUGGAAUUGUCAACUGCGAAAAUGUACCGAUGCCCAGAAUCCCGCAGCAGAUCAACUCCUCCAAAGUUUUCAUUCUCAAAUUGGGUAAUAACGGAUUACGACACAUUCAGCCCCAGUUUCUCGUCACUACAGGCCUCUACAAUCUGCAAAUAAGAAAUAAUCCCCUAUCGGAUAUACCGGACGAGGCGUUCCUAGGGCUUGAAAGAUCGUUAUGGGAGUUGGAGCUACCUUACAACCAGCUUGUUAAAGUACCCAGCAAGUCUUUUAGACAUCUCCAGAAAUUGAAAAUCCUCGACUUGACAGGGAAUCAGAUCUCCUCGAUUGCAGCAGACAAUUGGCGAGGUCUUGAAAACUCCUUGCAAACUUUGCGACUCGGAAAGAACACGAUCGAUAAACUGCCAGCCGAUGCAUUCUCCGGACUGAAAUUCCUCGAAACACUCGACUUGAGGGAGAAUAAUUUAAUGGAGUUCGAUUCAUCGGUCUUUCGCGACGGAAUGGCGCAUUUAAAUUAUCUCUAUCUGAGUGGAAAUCAGUUGACGAUGAUCCCCUAUAGUCAGAUAUCGCCGUUGAAGCAUUUGAAAAUACUGGACUUGAGUUACAAUCAGAUCCGGAGGAUGCUCCAAACGCAGACUGAACCAGAAAUUCAGGGAUUACAGAUUUCUUUGGAUACUCUAAGGCUGGACUGGAAUCAGAUUGAGACCCUACCAGUUGCCUCUUUCCAGCAUUUUUUCAAAGUCAAUAAGACGUAUUUGAGUGGAAAUCCUAUUGGGCAUGUGGAGGAAGGUGCAUUCAAAGAUUCGAAAAUCCGAGAGCUCUAUUUCACUGAUUGUGACAUCAGGGAAAUAGAUUCAGCAUCAUUGAGAGGUUUGGAGUCAUCGCUGGAGCAUCUAGACUUGUCCGGGAACAACAUAACUGAUCUUCCCAACCAUGUUUUCCAAGAAUUUGAUUUCCUGAGAACUCUGAUUUUCCGGGAGAACAAGAUUACAACAUUCUCUCCACAAGAGGUAUUCACCGGAUUUCAAUAUUCUCUCUACAACCUGGAGCUAAGUGGACGGGAAAACGCAGCUGUAUCUCUCCAAGACCUCCGUCAGAUGCGGAACCUGCGAUUCUUAUCGAUAUCCAAAAUGCCUCAGUCGACUCUCUCCCCCGACGACUUCCUGGAGUUCGGAAUUGACGUCAAGGAACUGCACAUUAUCCAGAGCAAUCUCAAUACCAUCAAGGGUCACACCUUCACCCACGUCCGGGGGAUAAAAUACUUGGACUUCUCGGAGAACUCCAUCUCCUCAAUCGAGGAGAACGCUUUCACCGAAGUUGGACACUCGCUCAUAACUCUCAAACUCGCUCAUGCACUGUCCAUGACCGAAGUACCAGCGAAACCAUUUGCAGCACUUACUAAUCUUCAGUAUCUGGAUUUGAGUAAUAAUCAGCUUCGCUCGAUGCCUGAGAAUUCGUUCCACUUUUUGAAGAGGAUCAAACGGAUUGAGAUUCAGGAUAAUGAGAUUUCGGAUAUUAAGAAGGGAACGUUCCAGGGUGACAUUCACUCCACUCUUGAAGAAGUCAACUUCGGCUACAAUCAGAUAUCGAACCUCCAAACCCACACAUUCGUCGAUCUAGCGGCGAUGACAAUCCUCAACCUUCAGGACAACAAGAUCGAAAAGAUCGAGAGACGAGCGUUCAUGAACAUGAAUCGUCUCAAGUACCUGAAUCUCAGAGGAAAUAAAAUGAAGACCAUCAACGACGAGUCCUUCCAGAAUCUACCGGACCUGGAGUUCCUCGAUAUGGCUUACAAUCAACUUCCUGAGUUUGAUUUUGAAUGGUUCGAUCAAGUCGGCACUCUUGCAGCACUCAAGGUCAAUGCGAGUCACAAUGGGAUUACACGAUUGAAGAUCAAUUCCUCGAGUUAUCUUCCGGCCACUAGCAUGUAUUUUGCUGUUGGUGGAACUCUGCAAUCGAACAUCAAGGUCCUGGAUCUCAGCUGGAACAAUAUAACUGACAUAAUGAAGUUCUACUUCCGUCCAGUGGAGUACUCAUUAACCCACUUGUACCUGUCACACAACGAGCUGAUGAACAUGACUCAAGGUGUCUUCGGAUCCCUUCCUCACCUCCAGUGGUUGGAUCUGCGUCACAACGACAUCAUGGAGAUCGAGUUCGACUGCUUCAGGAAUACAAAGAACAUUCAGGUGCUUCUGCUGUCCCACAAUGAUAUCGUGGACAUACCAGCAGACGUUCUGAGGACACUGAAAAAACUCAGGAUUCUGGACCUCUCUCACAACAGACUGAGAACACUUCCGGAUAACGUCUUCACUGAGCCCAAUCUUGAGAGCCUGGAUCUGUCGCAUAAUCAGUUCAUGAGAUUGCCGAUUAAGUCGCUGGCUGGACCUGCUGCUGGAUCCCUUUCGGUUCUUGAUAUGGGAUGGAAUAUGCUCUCUGGGAUUCACACGACUGAUUCUAUAUCAAGGCUCAAGGGUCUCACCCACUUGGACGUCUCCUACAACCGGCUGGUGCGCCUGGACGACGGUGUCUUCUCCGAACUCCCCCACCUGACAGAGCUGGACCUCAGCCACAACAAGCAGCUCCUCCUGGAGAGCCGGGGCCGCACAUUCUACGGCCUGGAAGACUCCCUCCUCACCCUGGGCCUCAGCAACAUCUCGCUCCUCAGCGUCCCCGAGCUCCCCUUCCACCGUCUGCGUACCCUGUACCUCGCCAACAACGAGCUCGCCUCGAUUCCCGCCGAGCUCGCCUCCAACCUCUCCUCCCUCCACCACCUGGACCUCAGCCACAAUGACCUCACAGUCGUCCCGCUGAUCACUCACACCCUCUCAGAACUCCGGAGCUUCAACCUCGCCUACAACCCCAUUACUGCCGUCACCAACACGAGCUUUCUGGGUCCAGCAGACAGUCUCAUCGAGCUCGACAUGCGAAGACUUCCGCUUUGGACUUUUGAGAGUGGCGCCCUCUGCAAGGCCUCGAAGCUGCGCUCCCUCCACGUAACUGCCUAUACCGCAAUCAAAAACUUCAACUUGCCGAGUUUACUGGAGCAUAAUCACGGCCUGAGACAUCUCCACAUCGACAUUCAGAACGAAACGAAUUUGGAGAAAGAGAUGAGGGGAAAUUUUCCAGCUAAACUUUACAACUUCACGUUCAGCGGACGGGACUUCAAGGCCGUCGACAAGGGCAUCUUGAGAGGGAUGAGGUCGCCUCAUCUUCACUUUGCCCUCUUCAACACUUCUGUCAGUAAAGUUCCCAGGGAGAUGUUCGAGACGGCCAGAUCAGUCAGGAAUGUCACUGUUAAUCUCUGGAAUAAUGACAUAAAGACUCUCGAGAAUCCGUCGAAUGGACACAAACCUGGGGCGGCCAACAAGAAGUUCUUGAUGAGGCUGAGGAUGGCGGGGAGUCACUUGACCUGCGACUGCGAUAUUGGGUGGAUCGAGGGCUGGCAGAGGAAGCAGAGGCAGUACCAGGAGGACAGGUGCUCCUAUCUACCUCUUCGACAGUAUAACUUCGAGAGGGACGAGAAUAAUGAGUACAGCUGCUGGGAUAACGGGUGGGAUGAUGAUCUGAGGGAGAGCUACUGCUCGAACAAGAAUAAUAAGUCUGUGCAGAAGACGCUGAAGGAUGAUAUCGAGUGCGGGUGGUCUUCAGCUUUCAGCUUCCAGGUCUCUUGGGGUCUCAUGGCUAUUGCGGCUGUCUUUGCAGCUUAUGCUUAUUGAGAUUUCGGGAGGAGGCGAUGGGAAUUUGACAUUGUUUCGUCAAUUGAAAGGGGGGAGAGUUGCAGGGAGUUUCCUGGGGUUCCUCAUCGAUUGAUGAAGGAUUUCUUCGAAGGAGGUCAUGUGGGAGAGGUGAAGUGUCUUGGUUAAUAUUCGGAAGGGCUUGAUGUGAGGAGAUUCUUGUGUAGAAUAAGUGCAACGAGAGUUGUGUACUGAAUAUAAAGUAAUGUAAUAUUAAGAAUGAUUAAGAAUAAAUGAAUUGUGAAGACGA